CUACUUGGCUAUCACCUGCUGCUGCACAAUGUUGGGAGGCCUGGGGAAGCUUGCCGCCGACGGCCUGGCCCACCGCACCGAGAAGGCCACUGAGGGAGCCGUUCAUGCCAUGGAGGAGGUGGUGAAGGAGGUGGUGGAGCACGCCAAGGAGGUUGGAGAGAAAGCCGUUGCUGACGCCUUAAAGAAAGUCCAAGAAUCAGGGGACAAGAUGGCGAAGGAAGUCUCUGAAACAGUGACCAACACAGUCACAAAUGCUGUCACUCACGCAGCAGAGGGUCUGAGCAAACUAGGACAGUGAGUGCACCUGUUACCAUGGCCAACCCUUCCUGAGUCUCAAUAAAAAGCCAUGAAAUGUGU